AUGACGGACUCGGUGGGUCAAACCGAGAUGUCUCAUUUCGUGACAACAAUUAUGGAUAUCGCUCUGGAACAGGGAGAUUUUAUUAGUCGCCAGACACUAGAAGAACUGGAAGAAAUGAUACAACCAAAAGUCAUGCCACAACAUUACGCCUCCCUAACGGCACCUCGUGGAGAUCAUGAAGACCGCGUGAAACUUACCAAAGAUGUGAUUGACGUUGUAAAGAAAAUGGUGGAAGUUGGAAAGUUUGCGUCGGAUAUAAUGGGCAAGUAUCUUGGACCAAUUGGGACAGUCGCUGGGUUUGUGAAGGAUAUCAUCGAGCAUUUUGAGGAGAAGAAGGAGGAUCCAGUGCUGAGAGAGAUCAAGGAACUGAGUAUGCAGCUAUCGGCUCUCUCCCAAAAAAUGACUACCCAUUUCGACGAUCUGAAAUCUUUUGUUGUUGAGCAAAACUUCUAUGAUAAGUACACCGUCGCCAUAUCCACUCUUUACAAGUAUAUGCAAGACACUCUGAACGAUUUGUCGACGGAUUCCAUAGAAAAGUUUGAGGCGAACUAUAAGAAGAGUGACCCGCAGAAUCUAGUUUAUGAGAUAAUGACUAAACUGGAACAGGAGUCGACUAACCCGCUGAAAUGGGCAAUGAAGGGGGAUUAUUUGAAGAGCAGGGACACUUUUAACAAGUGGAAGGAGAUUCUGGAUAGUGUGUUGGCGGAGGCACUAUUCCUCGAAAUCUACGCAUCAGCGCUUUUUCCAAAGGUUGGACAACAUGGUAUCACUAAGAUACUUGAAAAAACUGCGAGGUACAAGGAGAUGCUUAAGGAGUGGGAAGAGGAUUAUUUGACAAAAGAAUACUUUUGGCCCGACGGAAUAGAGCAAUUGAUGAAUGAGGUUCAUGACAAAAAGUCACUCUCCACUAAGGAAGCAAAAGUGAAUAAAAUAUGGGCGGGAAUUGAGUCCAUCAUGACAAACUGCAAAUUCUACGCGGUCGUUGUAAACAGUGGACACAUCUAUACUCUGGCUGAGCUCACCAGAAAUACACGAGCCGUGAUUUCCGAAAGAAACGGAUUCGUUAUCAUGAUCUACCACAACUCAAAAAAGCCAAGAAAACAAAAUGAGUACGUGUGGCUGAAAGAAAUCGUGCCUGUAUGGAACAAAAGGGCUAAAGUGCUUGACGCCUUCAAUUUUAACCACUGGUCAAUGGUCAGGAGAUACAUGGAGGUAGACAAUAUAGCGCGGUUGGGACAUAGUGUCGCUGCGUUUAUCUUUGCUGUGGCACAAAGUAAGGAGCAUAUCGCCGUGAGAUACUCCAAGAUGGAUGAUGGUAGCUUAGGUCCUGGUCAUUUCACGUUCGAUGGAUAUGUGGUGUGUGAUGAUGCGAUAACAAAAACCACGCAGCCUAUUUUUUAUCUUCUUGGAUAUAGAACAUAA